AGAAUGGUGGUGGAGGCGGCAUCGCACGCACAUUCACCGAGGAGGAAGGAAGCAGCCGAUUUGCGAAGAUGGGGAACCCAAAAGUGUACUUUGAUAUGACGAUCGGCGGGACACCGGCGGGUCGGAUCGUGAUGGAGCUAUUCGCGGAUACGACGCCGCGAACCGCAGAGAACUUCAGGGCUCUGUGCACGGGAGAGAAGGGGAUUGGGCGGAGCGGAAAGCCUCUUCACUAUAAGGGAUCGAAAUUUCACAGAGUGAUCCCGGGGUUCAUGUGCCAGGGGGGCGAUUUCACGGCAGGGAAUGGGACCGGAGGGGAAUCCAUAUACGGAGCAAAAUUUGCGGAUGAGAACUUCAUAAAAAAGCACACGGGGCCAGGGAUCCUGUCGAUGGCGAACGCUGGGCCGGGGACGAACGGAUCGCAGUUCUUCAUCUGCACGGAGAAGACGUCGUGGCUGGACGGGAAGCAUGUGGUGUUCGGGAGAGUGGUGGAAGGGAUGAAUGUGGUGAAGGCGGCUGAGGCCGUCGGAUCGUCCUCCGGGCGUACAGCAAAGCCUGUUGUGAUUGCUGAUUGUGGACAACUCUCUUGAAUUCGCGACUUUUAAUGGCCUAUUACGAGCUCAUUAGAGCUCUCGCUGUAUUGCCUUGAUUUCAAAUUUGAACUUUGCAUUGUCUUUGCUUUCCUGUGUCCGUGCUCUGCUUCUACAGAGUAACGUGGAAUUUGAAUACAACUUAGAUCUUAUUCUAUCA